UUCGUUCUUGUCAUAAUGGCGUUACGUUUGCAAAGGUUGAUUGGAUUUGCCGGGAUGGUGAUGCCGUUUGGCGUGUUCCCAGUUUAAUCAAACAGAAAGUUUAUAAGUCCAUGAUGGUACAAGGUGUUUUAGCACAUAUAUUCAUAGAUGGCAGCUGGCUAACUAAACACUCUCCUUGGCUUUCCUGUUUCAUUUAACACUAGCAAACUGUGCAACGGUGAUUUGAAUUUUAAAAUGGAAGUGGACUAUGAUGAGGAGCCAGUGGUUAUUAAAAACAGCUCAGCUGCUGGUGCUCAAAGUGAAAUGUUUACUUUGCCAAUAGAAGAGAUCCAUCAAGAGGAGAAUGAUUGCCUGCCAUGUUUAUCAAGAUCUGCAGUAACCCAUAAUCAGCAUGCCAAUUUUAAGACCGAAGGCAAUAUAACUGAAGAAAUGGAAUAUGAAUUUCCUCAUAAAAGGAGGAGAACUGCACCAAUGACAUCAAACAAUUUAAUGAGCAUCCAGGAUCAGGAUUAUGAUGAUGACCCGAAUAUAAUAUAUGAUUAUGAAGCAGCGUAUGAUGCUGCAAGCGUUACAUCUGAAGGAUCCUACUUAGGAGAUCAGCCGAGUAUACUUACAGAAGUUCUCAGCUAUUGUCAGGCAAUGUAUGACAUGGUCCAAAAACUGGAUAAAAAGAUGGAUUCGAUUCAAAGGAAAGUUACUGAGCUACACUAUGACCGUGUGAAGCCACAUUUUAAACCUAGACCAGGGAGUUUUCCAAAAAGAAGUUCUCAUGCUUUACCUCAAGGAAAACUAAUGUUGCAGAAGAUAAACCCUAGAUUUUCAAGUUCACACAUACUUCCAACUUCCCAAGAUUCAUUAAGUCUUUCAGAAAGGAUAAAAGAAAAUAAUCAGCAACGUCAAACACACGUAUUAAGAAGGCCUGUUUCUUCUGUUUCACUUUCAAGAGUUCAAAGGCAGAGUCCUCCCUUGCCUACUAUCAUAUCCACACGUUCCUUGCAGCAUUCCGUUAGUGUGACAGAUGCAAAGAUGGCAGAAUGUAAGCCAUCUCAAACUGCUGUGGAGACCUUUCCCAAUUGUAAUUCUAUUUCAGCCCCAAAUGUAAGUGCAGUCUCAACAUCUGAACCAGUUAGACUUUCAACACCAGAAACAACAAUUCAAGAAAAUUGCCCUAACACUACCUUAGAUGUCACUUCUCAAAAAAUCAUUGUUAGUGAUGAGAUACUGUCAUCCACAGUUUCUACUGAUCUAGACUACGCCUAUUUGGGAGACCCAAGCAGAAAUGUUAAAAUUCCUGGAACCAGUUUAAUGAAAGCAAAACAAAAGACAAAGCCAGUAUAUGCAGCUCGUUACCUGUUUCAUGUCUUGUUCAGUAAAAACAGUUCUGUGGAGAAUGAAGCACCGAGUAUGAAAACACUUGAUUCGAACCAAGUUUCAGCAAUAAGAGAAUUUCUGGAAUCUUCAUUCCCAGCCUAUGAUCUUAGCGAAUCUGGAAAAGAAUGGAAAAAGUGUGCCAACAUUAUUAAGAAUAUGUUCACUUUCCAAGCAAUAACAAAUACUAUGGCUAAAAUUAAUCAUAAUCAGUCUCAUUCUCAAAUUCAUGAAACCUUAAUAUGUGUAGAUUCUGAUCAUUCUGAGGAUGAGAAAGUAAAAUCUCCUUGGCAGACAGCCAGCUCAGAAACUGCUGCUCCAGUAAUCCAGCAGAAGGAUAACCAGAACAGAUCAGAACAUCAUUUUCUGAGGUCCACGGGCCAGAAUGAGUCCGUACCUCAUUUACUGACAUCCACAGGAACACAACCAUCUACAGAUACAAUAGAUUAUUUUGGAGAGAAGUCAAGAAAUGUAAAACUUUCGACUAUGAUUAUGUUUAAGGGGAAAGAGAAAUCUCGCCCUGAGCUGGCUGCAAGAUUCCUUAUAAAACAAAUCUUCCCAGAUGAUGUACUAGUUAUAAGCAAUGUGUAUGGUAGCCCAGAUCGUGGUGUGCCGCCUUUAGACCCCAACAAGAUCGGGGCCUUAAGAGAUUUUCUUCAAGAAAACUACCCAACAUUUGACUUAAAGGAAUCUGGGCAAGACUGGAAGGCUUGUGUAGCUGCAAUCAACAGUUCCAUACGGAGUCUACGCCAUGAGCGGAAAAAUAACCAAGGACGAAAAAAAACCUAACUUACCAGAUAAAAACUAACAAAACCUUGCAACUUUAACACUCAGUACCUCCUUGACUGCCAAAAAUAGCUUUCAAUAUAAGAUGUAUUCUCUAAAUAGGUAUUCCAGAAAAAAUCUCCUCUGUUUUAGACCGUCUUUUUUUGUAGCUAACUUUUUUUUUUUUUUUUUUAAAUAAAACAGGAGAAAUUUUAGUUACAGGUUAAUUAUUUUAAGAACUGAUGAACUUCAUAAACAUAUAUUAACUAAUAGGGAAUUAGACAAUGCAGCAUUUAUUAUCUUCGCAGGAUGCAAAAUGACACUUUAGUUGGAGUGUGUAUAUAUAUUUAUAUGUAGAAUACUAUUUUUCUUUAGUUCUGUCCAAUAUCGAUAAUGAAUUAUUUCAGACUAUUUACCCAGUGUCAUGUUCAUUUUGUCUGCAGUGUUUUGAAAUAAAACAGUGCCUAUUCAUGAUUUUA